AUGAAUACGAGGGAGAGCAAAUCGAACUGUGCAACUUCAUCAAAGUCCUCCGCGGAAACAACGUUAAAAUCUGUCUCGCUAGCAGACCCGAUCCUCCGUUCCCAGAUGCCUUCGCUGGGAUGCCAUCAUUCCGGAUGCAAGAUCUCAAUUUCAACGCCAUCAAAAAAGUUUGGUUUGCAUGUCCUCCAACAAUUUUAUUCUGGCCAGCAAUACCUCCAGUCUACUCUGCAAGCUUUAGCAGAUACUGUUGCACGAAGGUCACAGGGUGUCUUCCUGUGGGCAAGGUUCGCUACAUUUGAGCUCAUAAAUGGACUCACCCGCGGCGAGAAGCUAGGAUCUGCCGCGCUGAUGCAAAGACUGGAUGAAAUGCCACAGGAGCUACAAGAUAUCUACUCUCGCAUAUUCCUGCGCUCUUCUCAGGACGGGAGGAAGACGGCCGGCCUCAUCUUACUGCUGAUUUGCUACAAACGUGGAGUAAUCACCUCCGAAAUGUUACAGAUCGCCAUCUCUUGUCUUCCGCCAUCCUCACCUUUGUACCCUGAUCCCGCAACGCUCUCAGCUACGGAAGGUAGUGAGGACGAAUUCCCGAAACGUCUACUGGCUGUGACGGGCGGCAUUGUGGAAGUGUUUAUGGCGGGAGUAGAAUUCGGGUUCCUACGCAUCAUCCCCAGCAAAGUGCCUCGCUUGAUACAUCGGACCGCGCAAACUUACCUCGAGAGAGGUGGUUGGCGGGAAAUCCUUGGCGACAUUUACAACCCAGCUCUAGGCAGUAAAACCUGGACUGAGAUCUGUACGCAGACGGUCGUGGAAAGGCAAUCAAGGCUAGCCGAACCGUUGUCAAUUGCUACAGACGGUACGAACUGGACGCUCACUAUAACCGACGAUAAUUCCAACGUCAGCGGUGGCUUCCGCGAAGCUGAUCAUAUCUCCCACCAAAGCUCUCUCGACAAUCCUGAUGGAAGUCCAGGCAGCAUCCCUACCAGCCGCCGUAGCGUUGAUGUAGACCCUCAGCCAAGUUCUGCCGAUCAACCGCGAGUGAACAAGCCAACGCCGCAGACUCUGUUCCUAGGCCAUGCCGGCGGCUACAUCUUUGAGCAUGCCUCUGAGUAUGAGGAGACAUCGGCGACAUCAUCUGCCCCAUUACUUGAGGCGCUCGCCAAUUCUGUGUUUAUAAACUUACAUCUGCGCAUGUGCCAUGAGGCCUGCUCCUGGAGAGUUGACGAGCUUUCGCGAGUACACAACUUUAGACUCGAGCUUGUCCACCUUGUUGCAGCUCACGGGCUGCAUCGAUAUGUGAAAGACCAUGUGGAAGAGUUACAAAAAAGACAGCCGGCUAAGUACCCGAAUAGUAUUGUGAACAGGCUCCUCGAGAUGGUACAUUUGAAGAAGACUCAGGAUUCUGCGAUGGCACUCAAAUGGCUCAAGAGAGUUGCCGUAUCUUCCAUGGUGCGAUAUCUUGGACCUCCGCAGGACCUCUUUGAGACGACCGCUUUCUUACUUGAACAGUGUCCGAUCGUGGAAGAUAUUGAAAUCUUAGCAGCAGUGGCUAGUCGCUCAAUUGCGUCGUUGGAGGUACUGUUGAAGUAUCGUCGAGGAGAUAUUUCGUUGCUGAAAGUUGCCACGGAGGAUUUCCCUAUCUAUCUGGGCGGUUUCGCUACACUCCUACAAGGCGAGGAUUUUGGGCCGCUGGUAGCGCUUGGGGACCGGGUUGGUAGGGAUGAUGACGUCCUCCUUGAAGACACUCAAGAGGUACUUGCCAUGUUAAUGCACAGGGGAGUCCAGGUGAAUGCUUCUUGCGGGUCUUUGGGAGGUGUACUGCACUACAUCAUCAAGUCACUAUUGGAAAGAUCUGUUUUCACGCCUAUAUCUGUCCACCCAAUUGACUUACUAUUGGAAAAGGGUGCGGAUAUCAAUCAACUUGGUUCACAAGGCACACCUUUGGAGCUUCUAUGGAAAUUGGCCAACACGUGGGAAGUGGAGAGCACGAUCGGAGUUGGACGGAGCCGUGAGUUGUUGCGCGCUCUCAUUGACCGUGGGGCGGUCAACAGACGCAGAGAUCCCAACGGGCUGGUUCCAUCUGUGAUCCAGAUGAGGCUAUUUGGGUGCAAUAGGACUGACUUUCAAGAGUGCAAACGAUUUUAUCGAGAGGGGCCCCGUGAUGGAGGGUCGGUGUGGCCGGGGCCAGUGCCUCUGCAUCCGGACGAUUCAUCGCCCAACUCACACUCUGAUUUUGAUAUACCCUUCGACGAGGCGAUCGAAGAGUACCGGGCAGCCAUGGGCUUGGGAAUGGUUGACAAUGGUGGUGCGGAUGGACACUACCGAGUGGACGAAUAG